AUGCACCAGGUGUCCGACAUAAAGCGCGCCAACGGGCUGCUGACGGACACGGCCAUGUUUGCGCGCCACUUUGUGCAUAUCCCCACGCAGCAGCUGCCGAUCGGGGAGGACGCCCAGGUCCUGUUUGCACGCCUCAUGUCGGGCUACGGCCGCGACGCGUCGCUGAACGCGAAGGAGCGCCGAGCGCCCGGGACGGUAGCUGCCGCCCAGCUGCCGGGCGCGCCGGUCUCCUCGGCCGCCGCGUCGCGCCGCUGCAGCGCCGGCGAAGAGGACGACACCCGGGCGCCCCGCAGCCGCCGCGCCACGCGGGCUGGCAGGAGCGGGCCGGGCGACGUUGAGCUCACCCUCUUCGCAUCGGCUGCCACCGGCUUGGCGGCGGCAGCCGCGGCUGCCGCCGCCGCCACGGCGCCCGAAUCCGCCGCCGGAAAAGGCGGCUGCGGCGACGAGCGGGUGCGGCGGAGAAGCAGCCGCCGCGGCAGCAUCGAUGCGGGCGCGGCCGCUGGGGCGCUCGGCGAGGCGGCGGUCAGCGGCACAGCGCAUGGGCCGCUGGCCGGACCCCUUCGGCGCAUGAGCAGCAGCAGCAGCAGCGCCGGCCGGCCGCCGAUCGCGCCGAUCAAGCGUGCGCACAGCGAAAAGGCCCCACAGGCAGUUACGGCGAUCUGCGAGGCAGGCGGCCUCAGCAGCUGCCGGGAAGCUGCAGGGGUGCUGCCGGCGCAGGGCGGGGACGCCCAGUGCGCCGUCACGUUGGCUGCUGGCGGCAUCAAGGGGUGGGGGAGUGGCAUCGACAUGCCAGCUGCCGGUUGCCAGGCGCCGCCGCCGCCGUCCGCGAGGCGCGCCAGCAGCUGCGCCAAGAGCGAGUGA